AUGGAAAGAGGAGGUGGCAGGGGAUUCAUGGAAGAAGUAAGAGAGGACAAGGUCGCGGAAGAGCGCACCUGGAGAAGGGGUGUCCGGAUGUCUAGCGGUGCUGGAGGCAGGUGUUGUGGGAUGAUGGGAGCUACCCUCCAGCUGGUGUGCGUUGCGCAGCUUGGGUGGUGGGGCGCCGAAACGACCUCCAUCGGAGAGAGGACCAUCCUUCUGGAGGCAGCCGCUGCGCGGAGCAGGAGCACGGACUGGCAGUGGAAUGGUGGCUCCUAUCGGGGUGUAGGAGGGUUGCAGGUGGGAGGGGGUGGGGAGGAGCGGGGGCCAGGGGGAGAAGAGGGUGGGAGGAGCAGCUGCCGACGGCUACAGCGCCGCCCCGAGGGUGGGGGAGGUGCUCAUGCCCUCCCACUCCCAAUUACUCCGAGGAGAUUGAAUGUUAUUGAAAUGACCGUGCUCGUCGUGGCGUACUCGCCGCCGAGUACCAAAGCUGCCAUGGGAAUACCUAAAUUCUACAGGUGGGCCGUGAUGAAAUACCCAAGGAUCGUCUCCCCCGCGAAGGAAGAACCAGAGGGACCUGAUGGUGGCAAUGGCAAUUUAAUCUACGACAACCUCUACCUGGACAUGAAUGACAUCAUCCAUAAUUGCUUCCACCCGCAGGACCAGAAGUAUACACGCAUACAUGUGCCCCCUCCGAUGACACUCCACGAGGUGUUCGAGUCCAUGUUCGGAGACAUGGAUCGCUUGUUCCGCAUCGUCCGGCCGAGAAGGCUCCUCUACUUGGCAGUAGAUGGCGUCGCUCCUUGCGCCAAAAUGUGUCCAUGCUUCGAUUUACAGGAGACUGAAGGGAAGGAGGUGCCAGCGCGAGAGACUUCCGAGAUUCCUGACCCCAAUGUCAUCACACCAGGAACUGAAUUCAUGGAGAAGCUAUCACAAGCGCUCGACUAUUACAUCCGUGCCAGAUUGAAUAGUGACCCCGGGUGGAAAGAUAUCAUGGUAAUACUCUCCGAUGCAAAUGUUCCUGGAGAAGGGGAGCACAAGAUCAUGUCGUUCAUCCGUGCGCAACGCAGCAUGGAAGGCUAUGACCCCAACACUCGACACUGCUUGUAUGGGCAUGAUGCGGAUCUGAUCAUGCUUGCUUUGGCAUCUCAUGAAGUCCACUUCUCUAUUUUGCGUGAGUUUUUGAACAUAUGGGUUCUGAGAGAGUACUUGGAGAUUGAUUUCAAGAUACUGGACCCAGUCCGCGAACCUGAUACUGAGAGGCUAAUAGAUGACUUCAUCUUUAUUUGUUUCUUGAUGGGAAACGAUUUCAUCCCACAUAUUCCAUCACUUAGGGCGCAUGAGUGUGCAGUUGAUCUUCUCAUCGAAGUGUACAAAACAACCUUCAACAAAAUGGGAGGGUAUAUAGUCAACACAGACAAAGUCAAAGAUAAACAUGGUGCGUGUCUGGAAGUCUCAAGGUUGGAAAUAUUUCUUCAUGAACUGUCCAUGUAUGAAGAGAGAAUUCUUCGCAAAAGAUAUGAACUGGGGCAGGACGCCUUGCAGAAGAUGCGUCGCGAAAUGUUCUGUACAGCUUCAGAAAUUGAAAGAUCAGAGCUGAGGCAACAAUUAGAUGACCUCCUUUUUAAUGAAGAACAACCAUAUGACAGAAUAAGACUGGGAUUACCAGGAUGGAAAUCCCGGUUCUUCAGGGAGUAUUUCGGUGUACAAACUUCGAAUGAAAUAGGAAAGCUGCAGAACGACAUGGCUCAGAAGUAUUUAGAAGGACUUUGUUGGGUGCUUCAAUGCUAUUUUGCCGACGUUCCAUCAUGGAGCUGGUACUACCCAUUUUUUGUUUCUCCUUUCGUCUCCGAUCUCAAAGCUCUUUCUCAGUUCGAGAUAUCUUUCACUCUGGACAAACCUCUACGGCCGUUUGAUCAGCUCAUGGCAGUUUUGCCACCACGAAGCUGGUCUGCUCUCCCAGAAUGUUACAGGAAAUUAAUGGGCCGCGAAGACUUUAACUAUCCGAAGUUUGAGACUAACACGAAUGGGAAACGUUUCCUGUGGAAGGGUAUGUCUGAGGAACUGCUGCUUUCGGCUACCAGAGUGGUAGAUAAAGAGCUCACGAUUCAUGAAUCGAAACGGAAUACCACUCGACAAGAGAAGAUCUUCCUGCACAGGAACUCAAAAUCUCUGCCACACAUUGAAGUCAUUGUACAAACAUCAUACCAUUCACCGCAAAAGCUUCCGAUAGAUUCGGCUGCGAGUGGAAUUGGAGGGUGGAUAUCGCCUGAUGAAGAUGGUGGCUUCAGCAACGGUUCCCUUCGCACACCCAUAAAAGAUCUGCUGGACAUCACGAAUGAUCAGGCAAUAUCAGCUAACUUCUUCAACCCUGAGGCAGCAAACCCAAUUCCAAGACUACUUGGCAAUGUCAGAGUACCUAAAAAGACUGUUACGGGAGCUGACAUCUCGAAGAGGCCACUCUGGCACACGUACCAGGGCUCAAGGCCGCCAGCGCCCAUACUUCAGAGGCCGGACACUAUCUGGAAGCCGAGCACGCCGGUCUCGCCGCGGGAAGAGCACAAGCACGCCGGCACGGGGUGGAUGGGGCGGGGGAGAGGGAACAGCAGUGCCGGUGCCGCCGCCCACACGAAGCCCACCAGUAGCAGCAGCUACGGACAUGGGGCAAGGAGCGGCACUGCCUCCGAGGUGCAAUGGUGCAGCAGCAGCAGCUACGGCUACAGCUAUAGGAAAGGUUUCCAUCGGGUGGACAUGGCGCAAAGCCGCAAGGACAGCUGGUUUGACAACGGCGGUGCAUACAGUUUCCGACCGCUUGGAAGUGCGCCGUGGACAGGAGACGGCAGCCGCGGAGGCGGAAAUGGAGGCGCCGGUCAUGGCCGGAGCGUGCAGCCACGUGGUUGGUAG